GGAAGAACAGGUCGAUUAUCAAUGACAUGGAAUGGAGCUGCCGCAAAACCACAGCAGCGGCAUGGACUGGCACAACGGCAUUUCAACAUGCGAGGUACCGGCCUGGCAAGGUACCGUCCGAUUGCUGAUGUCAAGAGCGGGGUUAUCUUGAAUGGACGGGCAAGGUAGCAUAGGUAUAUAAAUCGUCUUCUUUCUCUUCCUCAAAGAACCCGCGAGUCUCUCACUGCAUCAUCACAACCUGUGCAUUUUCCAUUCCACAACCAACACCAAUACAAACACCGUGUGAAUCCAACUUUCUCAACACAACCUCUCCAAAAAUCAUCCAUCAUGCCUGAGCGCGGCCAGUCCCCCCCUCCCGAGCGCCAGACCGGCAAGCAGCAGAACCAACCUGCUGGUUCCGGUAAGGGCGUCGAUGAUGCUUCCCAGAAGGAGCAGACCAACAAGUCUGGUCUCGAGAACCUCACAUCAAACCCCAAAGGUCCUCUAGACGACGAGGUCGAGAAGAAGUUCGCCAAGACGAGCAAGCCUGAGGAGUCAAAGUAGAAAGCACAUGGGAAGCUUAAUGGGAUACAAUGAUUCAUGAGUUUGGCGUUGGUCAUAUUUUUGGGACUGGGAACCGAUGCUGCCGCUAGAAGCGAUGCAGCAGCCAUGUGGAAUCUUGGCCAGUUGUUCGAUUCGAAUAACAACAAAACACAUAGAGCAUGGAAUAUCUGAAGACAAAUGACUUAUUACAUUGUACACUCUUCUGGAACUCAUUACAAGCCUUGUUGCAAUCCCUCUUUGCUCGUGCGUAUUGUUGACGUCGACGUUGUGGGUGCAGCCUCCUGUCAUGUUUGGCGCCCAGGUUCUUGCCAGGGACAUUUGGGAUGAGGUAGGGAUCACAGCUUCAACCAAGGUGCUAUGCCGUAGACAAUGGCAUUCAAAUCCCAA